AGGCGGCCGUUGCUAGGCGCCGCGCUGCGUGCCCUGCGUGGGGCGCGGCGGCAGAGGCGGGAAGCUCGAGCUGUGGCGCCAUGGCCCCGGCGUGGCAGCAGCCCUUCCUCAACGUCUUCAGACACUUCAAGGUGGACGAGUGGAAGCGGUCCACCAAGGAGGGGGACGUGGCUGUGGUGACGGACAAGACCCUGAGGGGCAGCGUGUAUCGCAUCCGGGGCUCCGUCUCUGCCGGCAGCUACAUCCAGCUCCCCAGGACCAGCACACAGUCCCUGGGGCUGACGGGGCGGUACCUGUACGUGCUCUUCCGGCCCCUGCCCAGCAAGCACUUUGUCAUCCACCUGGACGUGUCCACCGAGGACAGCCAGGUCAUCCGAGUGUCUUUCUCCAGCCUCUUCAAGGAGUUCAAGUCCACAGCCACAUGGCUUCAGUUCCCCUUUGUCUUUGAGGCCAGGACAACCGGGAGAGACCUUGCAGGUGCGGCGCCCCCGGGUGCCCGCUGGACCUUCCUGCAGCUCGACCUGCAGGACAUCCUUCUGCUCUACCUGAACCGCAGCUACAGCCACCUCAAGAGUGUCAGGUUGUGUGCCAGCCUGCUGGUCAGAAACCUCUACACCAGCGACCUGUGCUUUGACCCAGCUGUCACUGUCACUGGGGCCCAGAGGGCCAAGCUGCCCGUCAUUCCUGUGCCUCGGGAGAUGGCGUUCCCGGUGCCAAAGGGGGAGAGUUGGCACAACCGCUAUAUCCACGUGCGGUUUCCACGUGAUGGCAUGGAGGUGCCUCCGGAGCCAGUUCCGAAAAGCUGUUCUCCAGCGGCAGUCCUCCCGGGCCCUGCGCCACGGCUUCUUCCCUGCCUGGUGGCUGUCAGCAGACCCACGCAGGACAGCGUGUCCCCUGAGGUCCAGACACCCAGCCCCACAGCCGCCCCCUCGGUGCCCAGGCCCCUCCCAGAGGUCACCCUGUCCUGCGAGUGCUCGGAGAGCUCCAGUGUCCGUGGCCGAGAGCCCUCGGCCCAGAUGGAGUCCGCUGAGGUGGACGUGGCUGCCGACGGCGUCCACGUUUUUGCUCACGAGUCAGCUGUGGUGCCCGUGACCUUUGAGGACACCGGCUCCCGAGAACCUCCCAGUAGAAAGCAGAGCGGGCAGGAGGCAGCUUUGGGCAAGGAUCUCUCUCAACAAAGGCACUUUCUCCCGGACCCCAUCCUGAGGCUCAAGGGAGUCAUCGGCUUUGGGGGCCACAGCACCAAAUGGGCCCUGUGGACCAAGGACGGGGCGGCUGUCGUCUACCCCUGCCACGCGGCCAUCGUGGUCCUGCGCGUUGACACGGGGGAGCAGCGCUUCCUCCUGGGCCACACGGACAAGGUCUCCGCGCUGGCGCUGGACAGGGGCAACGUGCUGCUGGCCUCUGCACAGGUGCGGCCCCCCUGCGUGCUGCGGCUCUGGGACUUCCAGACCCAGGCCUGCCUGUCGCUGUUCCGUAGCCCCAUGCACGCCGUCAGUGCCCUCAGCCUCUCCGACAGCGGCGCCCUUCUCUGUGGAGUCGGCAGGGACCGCCACGGGAGGACGGUGGUGGUGGCUUGGGACACAGGCCCCGUGGGCCUUGGCGGUGAGGUGGCUGUCCUCGCGAAGGUGCGCACUGACUUUGACAUCCAGGCUUUCCGGGUCGCCUCCUUUGAUGGAACCAGGAUGGCAUCGUGCGGGCAGGGCAGCGUGCGGCUGUGGCGGCUACGCGGCGGGGAGCUGCGCUCCUGCCCCGUGGACCUCGGGGAGCACAGAGCGCUGCAGUUCACCGACCUGGCCUUCGAGCAGGCCCAGCACAGCGGCCCGGAGCCCUCGGCCCCAAUGCUCUAUGUGAGCAGCCCCAGUGGCCAUGUCCUGGAGAUCGACCCCCAGCGCAGGGCCCUGCAGUGCGCCCGCUGCCUGCUGCCCACACGGACCUCCAGUGGGCCCUGCCCACAGCCACAGACCCUCGGCUCAGGCCCUGGCAUCGCCAUCAGCACCCUCAGCGUGUCCCUGGCCCUGUGUGCCGUGGGCUCCGAGGAUGGCUACCUGCGGCUCUGGCCCCGGGACUUCUCCUCAGUGCUGCUGGAGGCGGAGCAUGAGGGCCCCGUCAGCUCCAUCUGCAUCAGCCCCGAUGGCCUCCGAGUGCUGUCCGCCACCACCACGGGCCACCUGGGCUUCCUGGACGUGGCGUCACGGGAGUACAGUGUGCUGGCCCGUGCCCACACGGCCCCCGUGCUGGCUUUCUCCACGGAGCAGAGCCGUGGGCUGCUGGUCACCGCGUCCCAUGACCACACCGUCCGCGUCUGGGACCUGGCCACCCUGCAGCAGCUGUAUGACUUCACGUCACCCGAUGAGGCCCCGUGUGCCGUCACCUUCCACCCCACGCGGCCGGCCUUCUUCUGCGGCUUCAGCAGCGGGGCUGUGCGCGCCUUCAGCCUGGAGGCCACCGAGGUCCUGGUGGAACACACGUGUCCCCGAGGAGCCAUCACUAGCCUGGCUGUCACUCCAGACGGCAACCUCCUGUUCAGCGCCUGCUCUCAGGGCAGCCUGGUGCAGCACAGCUGUGCUGGGCCCCGGUGCUGCGUCCUGCGCGUGGCAGCCCACUCAGUGUGCCCAGAUGCCCACCCAAGCCCCAGCGCCCUGGCAGUCAGCGGGGACGGCCGCCUGCUGGCCUUCUUGGGCCCCUCCAAGUGCACAGUGACUGUCGUCGACCCAGCCUCCCUAGACGAGCUGCUGCGGGUCGAGGUCGGUACCCCGGACCUGGACUCCACUGUGGCCGUGUGCUUCGGCCCCACGGCCCUGGGCCACCUGCUGGUGUCCACGUCGUCCGGCAGAGUUGUGGUGCUGGACGCCGCAUCAGGCCGCACCGUCCGGGAGCUGCGCGGUGCCCACCCCAGGGCCUGCCCCUCCCUGGCCCUCAGCGAGGACGCCUGCUUGCUGCUGACAGCCGCCGGCCGAGCUGUCACGGUGUGGGACUAUGCGGCACAGCCCAGCCCCGGCUCCCAGGUGUACAUCGGCCACUCAGAGCCCGUGCAGGCUGUGGCCUUCACCCCCGACCAGCGGCAGGUCCUCAGCGUGGGGGAUGCCAUCUUCCUCUGGGACAUCAUGGCCGCCUCUGAGAGUGACUGGAGCUUGUCCAGGUCCCCCCCAACCUGUGAGGCCGGCCUGGGCCCAGGACAGCUGGAGGACGCGGAGUGUGGGGCCGGCGGGCUCCCUCGGCCACACGUGCCUGUGCCGUGGCAGGAACCCGCACCGCAGCCAGGCGUCUGUGCCGGGCCCCUCGAGGGCGGUGAUGGCGCACUAUCCACGGCAGACGAGGAAGGACGCUGCGAGAAGAGCCACGGCCCCGAGGGGCCUCGCCAGGCCGCAGGCCCACGCGUGCUGGAGGAGGAGGCCGGCGGGGCUGGAGAUGGGGCCUUGGGGGCUGCAGGUGCCCGGAGCACCAGGAAGGGGGGUGCCCAGCCCGGCGCCCACCUGGGCUCCUAUGAGGACCUCCCGGCUGGCCACACGACGCCCACCAAGGUGCCCUUCCUGAUGGUCCUUGGCCUCGUGCCUGUCGCCGGCUCCAGUCUCCCACCCCGGCUUCCCUGUCCAUGCUCCCAGCUGCCCUCGCCUGCCGGCCCGGGUGAGCCCCAGAAAGCUGCCCGUGCUCAGGCUCCGGGCCCGAGCAGUGGCACCAGCGCCGGGUCUACUUCCUCGCAGAGCGUCUCCUCCCCCGCCGCCAGCAGUGCGGGCCUGCGUCUGAAGGCCGUCCUGGGCUACAGCGGGAGCGGGCGGGCCAACAUGGUCUGGAGGCCGGACACAGGCUUCUUCGCCUACACGUGCGGCCGCCUGGUGGUCGUGGAGGACCUGCACUCCGGCGCCCAGCAGCACUGGCUCGGCCACCCCGAGGAGGUCUCCACACUGGCCCUCAGCCGCGACGCCCAGGUCCUGGUUUCUGCCUCGCGCCGCAGCCGCACAGCCGCCCACUGCCAGAUCCGCGUCUGGGACGUGUCUGGGGGCGUCUGCCAGCAUCUCCUCUCCCACCACGACACCGCUGUCCAGGCCCUGGCCUUCUCGCCGGACGACAGGCUCCUGGUCACCCUGGGGGACAGCGGCGACGGCACCCUUGCCCUGUGGAACACGGCCACCUACACGCUCCUGUGGUGCACCCGCCUCCUGGAGCCAGCAAGCGGCGUGGCCUUCGACCCCUGGGACGCCGACAAGCUGGCGUGCUUGGGGCAGGGCGCCGUCACCUUCUGGCUCCUGCAGCAGCGUGGGGCGGACAUCAGCCUCCAGGUGCACCGGGAACCAGUCCCCAAGGCCGCGGGGGCGGGCGCGCUGACCUCGCUGUGCUACGGGCCCCGCCCCCUGCUCUACUGUGGCUCCAGCGCCGGCCAGGUGUGCGUCUGGGACACACGUGCGGGCCGCUGCUUCCUGGCCUGGGAGGCGGAUGACAGCGAGAUCGGCGUGCUGCUGUGCUCGCGCUCCAGGCUGGUCAGCGGCAGCGGCGCGAGGCGCCUGCGUCUGUGGGCCGUGGGGACCGUGCCGGACCUGCGACGUGGGAGCGCCAGGUCCGGUUCCGUGUUCAUGGAGCACGAGCUCAGCCUGGACGGGGCUGUGGUGAGCGCCAGCUUCGAUGACGGCAUGGACAUGGGCGUGGUGGGCACCACGGCCGGCACGCUCUGGUACGUCAGCUGGGCUGAGGGCGCCAGCACCCGCCUCGUCAGCGGCCACCGGAGCAAGGUGAACGAAGUCGUCUUUAGCCCCAGCGAGUCCCACUGCGCCACGUGCGGUGAGGAUGGGAGUGUGCGGGUGUGGUCUCUGGCCAGCCUGGAGCUGGUGAUUCAGUUCCAGGUGCUGAACCAGAGCUGCCUCUGCCUCGCGUGGAGCCCCCCGGCCUGCGGACGCCCAGAGCAGCAGCGGCUGGCAGCGGGCUACAGCGACGGCACGCUGCGCCUCUUCAGCAUCUCCCGGACGGCCAUGGAGCUCAAGAUGCGCCCCCACCCAUCCGCGCUGACGGCCGUUGCCUUCUCUACUGACGGUCAGACCGUCCUCUCCGGAGACAAGGACGGGCUGGUGGCUGUGAGCCGCCCUUGCACGGGGAUGACCUUCCGCGUGCUGAGUGACCACCGGGGUGCCCCCAUCUCCACCAUCCAGGUCACAAGCAAAGAGUACGCAGACUUAGGGGUGCAGGGCACGGAUCUGUGGCUGGCUGCCAGUGGGGACCAGCGGGUCAGCGUCUGGGCCUCCGACUGGCUGUGGAACCGCUGUGAGCUCCUAGACUGGCUGAGUUUCCCAACGACUGCUGUCCUGGAGACACAGGACCACCAGCCGCCCGCCCUCGCUGCCUUCUGCCCCUGGGACAGGCUGCUGCUGGUGCACGCAGGCCUUGGUGUGCACAAGGAGGUGACCGUCUACAGCCUCCGCCAGAAGCAGGUGGUGGAGAGGAUAUCGCUGCCUUUCUUUGCCAUAUCCCUGAGCCUGUCCCCAGGGGCCCACCUCCUGGCCAUUGGCUUCGCUGAGUGCCUGCUGAGGCUGGUGGACUGCGCGCUGGGGACUGCCCAGGACUUUGCCGGCCAUGGUGAUGCGGUUCACCUGUGCAGGUUCACCCCGUCUGCCAGGCUGCUCUUCACAGUGGCCUACAACGAGAUCCUGGUGUGGGAGGUCACCAGCCACUGAGCUGUGGACCACAGUGCCAAGAAGCCGGAUUAUCGAUGGCCUCAUGCCAGGACAGGAUGGCUGGGACAGGCCAAGACUCCGUGUAAAUCAU